AUGGCCCAUAAGCAGCCGAUGAACGACAGCUAUUGCCUGUGCGAGUUGUGCCAGCAAUCACCCUCCGCUGAUCAUGGUAUGGUGGCAUGCGACGAAUGUGGAAAGUGGUUCCACUACAUGUGCGCUAACGUCGACGAGUCGAUAAAAGACCAUCCCUGGUGCUGUGAGGGAUGCCUGCUGGUGAGAUCGCGACGGCAUCGAAGCGGAGGUAGUUCCACGUCAUCGAGACGUCGAUUCCGGGAGCUGGAGCUCAAACGGCUGGAUGAAGAAUUCGCAUUGCAACAAGAGUACAUGCGGAAACGAUAUGAGGUGAUGGCUAAGUGUCUUGAGGACGACGAAGAGGACGAUAGUGAGGUCGGUAGUUUGGUGAACAGCAGCGUAAGUAGGACGAGAAAGUGGAUUAAGAGUCAGCGAGAGGCCGAGGGGAAUAUUGGUCCCGGUAAAGCCUAUAGUUUGCCUUCGAUCCCGAACGAAGGUCCUAGCAACGUUGUAGGCCACACAGCGUCCUACACAGUCACGCCAUUCGGACGCCCAGAAUCAAGAUGGCCAGCUCGGAAGAAUACUGUUGCGGCCGAGGUCCCAAUCGAAGGAAGUCUGCCUUGCUAUGUACCGUCGUUUGCCGAUCCUGUAGGAUCCGUGUCAAGCCCACACGGGCUGGGGCGAAGUCAACCGCCAAGCCGAGCAUCAUCGAUCGUUCAUGCUCUGCAGCAAAUGAUCCCACCGAGUUCGAUUCAGCAGGGUCAUUCCGAUAUCCGAAAUGUUAAUUUCCAUGCGCCGAUGGUGAACCACCAAUCAGUCCCAAGAGAUGAACAAUCCCACCGGGUGGUCAGGCCAACAGGUGGUCCGAGUGCAGCUCAACUUUCAGCGAGACAAGUGUGGCCUAAACGACUGCCGGCAUUUUCUGGAGCGGCGGAGGAGUGGCCCAUCUUUAUUAGUUCGUAUGAGAGCUCGAACACCGCGUGCGGGUUUUCUGAGGUAGAAAACCUCAUUAGACUGCAGGAGAGCCUGAAGGGUCCGGCGCUGGAGAUGGUCCGCAGCAGGCUGGUGCUACCGGCGAACGUACCGAAGGUUGUCGAAACUUUGCGUCGUGUCUACGGGAAACCAGAAGUGCUCAUACGUUCGCUAAUCUCAAAGGUGCGAAUGAUAGAUCCACCGAAAUCUGAUCGACUGGAUACUGUCAUAAAAUUCGGGAUUGCCGUGCAACAACUGUGCGACCACUUGGACGCCGCCAAUCAACAAGACCACCUCCGAAAUCCCGUGCUGUUGGAGGAGAUGGUAGAAAAGUUGCCUGCCAGUUUCAAGUUGGAGUGGGUACGCUUCAAGAAGGACGAAGAUCAAGUGUCUAUACGCACCUUCGGUGACUUUAUGGAGAAGCUGGUAGACGAAGCUAGUGAGGUGACACUGCUAAAUACUUCGUCUGAACCCGCGAUGAAACAGGAGAGAAAAUCAUCAACGAAGCCGAAAGGGUUCGUACAUACGCACAGUGAAGCGGGACCAAACGUCUCAACUAAAGCUGAAGCUGUUAAGCUGGGCGAUGAUAAGCUGUGCGCGACAUGCUCUAAAGCUGGACACCGCGCGCGAAAUUGUGAGGAGUUUAAAAGGCUGGCACCGAACGAACGUCUCCGACUGGUGAGGGAUCGACAGCUGUGCGCUGUGUGUCUAUAUAGUCACGGAAGCAUGCGUUGUCGCAACAAGAUGCUGUGUAACGUUCCGGGCUGCAAUGCAAAACACCAUGCCCUACUACACCAGACCGAGAAACCGGAGGAAUUGAACUGCAUGAUGCAUCAGCGAAUCAACAAAUGCUCUGUCGUCUUCCGCGUCGUACCAGUCAUCCUUAUUAACGGGUCAAAGGAAGUUGCAACCUUUGCCUUUUUGGAUGAGGGUUCGUCUAAAACGCUUUUGGAGAGUAGCAUAGCGAAGCAGCUGGGACUUAGAGGUGCGGUCAGACCACUGGAUCUGAAGUGGACUUCUGGAGUUACCAGAACCGAAAAAACCUCGAUGAACGUACGUCUGACGGUGCUGGGAAAAGGAUCGCCCACGCGAUAUUUGCUGGAAGAUGUACACACCGUAGAACGUCUAAAUUUGCCCAAACAGAGUGUGAACUUCACUGACCUGGUUGCGAAGUUCGAACAUCUGCAUGGAUUGGUGGUCGAGGAUCAAGUGAACGCUGAACCUACUAUCUUGAUCGGUUCAGACAAUCUCGACUUGAUGGCUCCGAUAGAAUCGCGGAUUGGGAGAACGGGAGAACCAGUAGGGCUGCGCUGUAAGCUUGGAUGGACAGUUAGCGGACCUGUUACCUCAAGCGGUACAGAAGAAUACUGUGGCGUGCAUCAAUGCGACCUGUUGAUGGAUCAAUCCCUGAAGAACUACUUCACCAUGGAAGAGGCUGGGAUUACUUGUCCGUAUCGUGUGGAAUCUGAAGAAGACCGCAGGGCUCGCGGAAUUUUGGAGGAAACUACAAGACGUGUCGGAAACCGGUUCGAAACCGGUCUUUUGUGGCGAACAGACAAAAUCCAGAUGCCGGACAGCUACUCCAUGGCGUACCGCCGAAUGCAAAGUUUGGAGCAACGUUUCCGGAAGAAUCCGGACCUGCAACUGAAGGUCGCCGAAGCAGUCAAAGGAUUCGUUGAAAAGGGGUAUGCUCACAAAGCGUUACCUGGAGAACUUCGUAGCAGCAAACCGGGACAAGAGUGGUAUUUGCCCUUGAACGUAGUGGUCAACCCGAAGAAACCAGAGAAGAUUCGGCUAACGCUGGAUGCCGCUGCCAAGGCUGGUGGAACUUCACUUAAUGAUAUGCUGCUCAAGGGCCCAGAUAUGCUCGUCUCCCUUGUGGAUAUCAUCAACUACUUCAGAGGGCGGAGAAUCGGGUUCGGAGGCGAUGUGAAGGAAAUGUUUCUGCAGAUCCGAAUGCGCCAACCAGAUACACGAUUCCAAAAAUUCCUUUUUCGACAAGACACCUCUCAAAAUCCUGACGUGUACGUCAUGGACGUCGUCAUAUUCGGAGCUAAGUGCUCACCGUGCAACGCUCACUUCACGAAGGACAUCAAUGCACGUGAGCAUGCUGAUCAGUUUCCAGCCGCCGCAGAGGCCAUCCUCAAGCGUCAUUAUGUCGAUGACUAUUUUGAUAGUGCGGACAGCGAGGACGAGGCGAUUCAGCGAGCACGGGAAGUAAGGGAAGUUCAUUCGCUCGGAGGGUUUGACAUCCGUAAUUGGGUGAGUAAUUCACCUAAAGUACUCACGGCGCUGGGAGAGGAAAAAGGAUCCACCAAGGCACUAUGCUACGACAAAUCAACGGAAUCAGAGCGAGUGCUAGGGUUACUUUGGGAACCCAAAGAAGACGUGUUCAUCUUUACUAUGGGGCUGAAAGAGAAGUUGAUCCCAUACCUUGUGGACGAAAUUCGACCGACCAAGCGUAUUAUUCUGCAAUGCGUCAUGAGCUUCUAUGACCCUGUGGGAUUCCUCUCUCCCUUGCUGGUGCAUGGGAAGAUCAUCAUCCAGGAGACCUGGAGAAGCGGGACGGAAUGGGAUGAACCAGUGACGGACGAAAUUUUCGAAAGGUGGCAAAGCUGGACAAGAGUUCUUCCAAAUAUCGAGAAGGUGAAGGUUCAACGUUGUUUCUUUGGGGACGAAUCCAUCAAGAAUAUAUCUUCAGUUCAGCUACACAUCUUCUGCGAUGCCGGAGACGAUGCCUACGGAUGCGUCGCGUAUCUGCGGUAUCAAGUAGCGGAAGACAUCCGAUGCUCUCUGGUGGGUUCCAAAGCCAAGGUUGCCCCUCUGAAGCUGACUUCGACGCCUCGAUUGGAACUGCAAGCUGCGAUAAUCGGGGCAAGGAUGAUGAACACGCUGUUGGUAACCUUGCCAGUUCCAAUUCAGGAGCAAUUUCUGUGGGUAGACUCGACUACGGUUCUUUCUUGGAUUCGGUCAGACAACCGUAAGUACAAACCGUACGUAGCGCACCGGAUUGCAGAAAUACUACACACGACGGAGAUCAACACCUGGAGGUACGUUCCCUCCAAGCAGAACGUAGCCGACGAUAUUACGAAGUGGGGGCCGGGAACCACAGUGGAACCGGAAGGCAGAUGGUUCAACGGACCGCCUUUUCUUCGUCAACCGAUGGAUUUAUGGCCGGAGCAACCUCAGACUAAGUCGACGGUAACCGAGGAACUCAGAGCAUGUUAUUUGUUCCAUCAUAUUGCGAUCACGCAGCCCAUUAUUGACGUGGCCCGCAUUUCGAAGUGGAAGAUUCUUCUGAGGACGGUUGCUUUGGUAUACCGCUUUAUUUCAAACUGCAGGCGUAGGCGUGCUGGUCUACCAAUCGAAGCUUUGAGAACCGCUGAGGGUACGAAAUCGUCUAUGUCAGCCGUGCUACUGGAAAUACAGCAGGAAGAGUUAGCGAAAGCGGAACGUUUGCUAUGGCGGAUGGCACAGGCCGAAGCGUUUCCGGACGAAGUUAAGAUUUUGAAGAAGAACAAGGAGCUUCCAUUCGAUCAGUGGAUAUAUAUUGAAAAGUCGAGCGAAUUAUACAAAACUUCGCCAUUUUCGGACGAGGAUGACGUUAUUAGGAUGGAAGGCAGGACAUCUCCGGCAGUGUUCGUCCCGACUCAUACUCGAUUCCCCGUCAUACUUCCGAAGAAUCACAUCAUUACUUCGAAGAUAUUGGAGGAUUUUCACAUCCGGUACGCCCACGGGUCAAAGGAAACCGUAGUGAACGAAGUACGGCAAAAAUACUUCAUUCCGAAACUACGAACAGCAGUUGGCAAGGUUAUCAGUAGCUGUAUGAGGUGUCGGCUACGCAAAACUAAGCCGAGUGUGCCACGGAUGGCACCGCUGCCCAUUCAACGAAUGCAGCCUUUCGUUCGAGCCUUCAGUUACGUGGGGCUCGACUAUUUCGGGCCAAUCGACGUUACCGUGGGAAGACGCACGGAAAAACGCUACGUUGCUCUUUUUACUUGCCUGGUCGUGCGAGCUGUUCACUGUGAAGUCGCGUACAGCCUGAGCACAGAGUCUUGCAAACAUGCAAUAAGGAGAUUCAUCAGUCGCCGUGGUGCCCCCAUCGAAAUAUUUUCGGACAACGGUACGAAUUUUCAGGGGGCCAGCCGAGAACUACGGAAAGAGAUCGAAAGGAUAGAUCGAGAUUGCGCAAACACAUUUACUGGUUCAAAAACAAAGUGGACCUUUAACCCACCGUCUGCCCCUCACAUGGGAGGAGUAUGGGAGCGGAUGGUGCGGUCCGUUAAGGAAGCAAUGGCGGCUUUGAGUGAUGGACGGAGAAUGACGGAUGAAAUUUUGGUCACGACCCUGGCUGAAGCGGAAUUCCUGGUUAACUCGCGACCGUUGACAUACUCUGGAACAGAAGAUGCCGAAUUGGAUACGAUUACUCCGAAUCAUUUUCUGCUGGGAUCUUCGUCAGGUGAACACCAGCCAUUCCAUGCAGCGAUAUCUUUGGCAGAGGAACUGAGAAGCAGCUAUAAGCGGUCCCUGGCGUUGGCGAAUGAAUUUUGGAAUAGGUGGUGUAAGGAGUAUUUACCGACAUUGAACCAACGAAGCAAGUGGAACGUAGAUAGUAGGUCGGUGAAGGUGGGCGAUCUAGUCUUCAUCAUGGAUGAUGGUAAAGGUGCUGCAAGGGUUCGGGGCAUAGUCGAAGAAGUGUACACCGGCGUAGAUGGACGUAUACGACAAGCUGUAGUUCGAACGAAAGGAGGAGUCUUCAAAAGACCAGCAUCGAAGUUAGCAGUUCUUGAGUUAGUAGAUAAACCUGGUGCAACAGCCGAGGAGAAGUGUGACCAGGGUUUAUGGGCAGGGGCGUGUUCCAACUAA